UUUUUUUGUGAUUUUUUUUUUGUUGUUUUUUUUUUUGUUUUGUUUUUUGUUUUUUAUUUUUUUAUUAUUUUUUUUUUGGAAACGUGUCGGACAGAGAGGCUGGAGUGUAUAGCGAAUCUGUAAUUGUAGUGUUGAAACUUUACUGACAUUUAGUUAGUAUGUCAGUUGCUAAAAUUGAUAAUCCUAUAUACAUGUGUAACCAUGUACGAUAUAUCAUGAGUGCCUAUCAUGUAUGUUUUGUCGUGGUAACCGCCGCAUGCGAUUGGAUAGGAUUGAAAUAAAGUGGAGUAGAGCACAGCCACACUUGGAAUUGAAUUUUUUCCCAUUGUAAGAAUAUUUUUUGAAGAGUAACUCGGGUCUAAAUAUACCAUAAAUACCCACAACUUUACAUGAGUUUGGAGUUGUAUUAUAGUACUUUAUAACAUGCCUAAUAUGUAAAUAAACAAACUACACCGUAUCCUUAGGUGCACGUUAAUGUCCGAAGGGGCCGAGGUCGAGAUCCAUUGCUUUUAAUGAAUGGACAGGAACGAGGACAUUGACCUACUUAAGUCCACACCCAAUUUAAAUCUAACUAUAAUUGUAAACCAUAUUAGGAAAUUCUUUCAAUAAAUUAUGAAAAUACUAUUACAUAUCAGAAUUAUAUAUAAUACUAGUAUAGAGUUUUGUCAUAUAAAACAUAAUUAUAUUAUAUUGUUUAAUUUUUCCAAGGUCGUCAUUGUCAUCAGUGGCUCAGUGGAUAGAGCUCAUGUGAAAGGUGUAGAGUUUGAUUCCCAUCUUAGCCUUUUGGUUUUAUUUUGAAACUUAUUAGCUACCUUGGUUUAAACAUAAAGCUCCAUAGUGACAAAGGGGGAUUAGAGGAGCUUGUUCAUUAAAAAAUAAUAAUACUUAACUCAGCAGAACAUCACUACGUACAGGGUAAUCGUCAGCUGUAGAACUGUAGCUCUCUGACAAAAUAUUGUGACGUCACACUAUUUUUUCAGAAAGCUAUACAGUUCUGUAGCUAGGUAAUUGUCUGAAACUCUCCAUUCCUUAAUAAUAAUGGAGCGCUUAAACAAUAGAAUGACGUCACGGGUGGAUACGGAGGUGGUACAGUAGUGUAUGCAGUAAUGAAGAUUAGGGUUGUAUGACAUUGAAGAACUUCGACGGGUAAUUGAUCGGAGGGAUCUGAGUUCGAUUCUGUUCCGGAACGUCUGUAAUUGUUCUACUUACCUCCCCUGAUCCCCGUCAUCAGGGAGCACAAUUAAACAAACUCCUACACUAGGUGAACCAUUCAGACAGCGAUUGGUUGGAAAUCCCCCUAUCUUACCGACGUACAUGUCUACGUAUACUCAGUAUCUGUCACAUGGAAGUCAGGAACAAAUGUAACUUAGGCCACCUAGUAGACCCAAGAUAAGCCAAUAAAGGUCACCUGGGGUUAACUGUUGAUUCCGGGGAUUAGAUAACGAUCGCAUUUUAACCAGAGACCAAAAACCACUAGGGUCACUAACUUUACACAGUACCAGGCUGGACCUAGAGGGGGACGGACAAUUAGUACUCAGUAUCAGCUAUGGAGAAGAUGUUGAUGAUUUCUGUGGGGGUGUUUGGAGUUUUGUGUUUCCUGCCUUUUGGAGAUUUACAAACAACUGAUUGGUGUAAAGAUGCCCCAGACUUAAACUGCUGGCGUUACAUUGAUGAAAAGUGCAUUGGAGCCUAUGAAGCCUGGGCAAGAGAACACUGUCCUUACAGAUGCGGAUAUUGUCCAAAUAAACCCCCCUGCGUGGACACCGACACGGCGUGUGCGGCUUACAUUAAACAUGAUCACUCAGCCUGCUCAAACCCAACAACAAGAGCCUUUAUGAGAGAAAACUGCCGACAGGAGUGUCAUUUGUGUCACAUACCCGGAGAGCAUUCCUCACCCAACACGCCUCCUCCCGGCACCCCUGUCCCCACGGACGGGUUGGUUAAACCAGCGGUAGGAUAGAGACGCUUAAAAGAAGAGUGAUGUAGAAAUAUUUCUAAUAAAAUGGCUAAAACGAAAUUUAAAAAA